CUCCAUUUAUAUUAAACCUUUCACCUUUAUUUAUCCAGGUAGGCCAAUGAAGAACAGAUUCUGUUUUGCAACGUCGAUUUAGUUGCAGACAUUAGAGUAAAACGUGGCAAAUACAAAUGUAUCAACAAACUUGCAAUGCGACGUACACAAAACAAAAAAGUACACCCGUUUCAGAACCAUUAUAGAACACAACUUUGAGUGAUUUGAAAAAUGUAAUGUUGUUCUAUAGAACGUAUAUAAAAUAGAGAAGCGCAAUAUUUGGACAAAUCUUAUCUUAUAGGACAAUGUAGUUUGAUAAUUACAACCGUUUGAACGCGAGUUUUUAAUACAGUACAUCAUAUUCAUGUAUUAACAGAUUUAAACAGGAUUGCCGGCGACCGUUAACUGCUGGUAUUUUUUUCAUCGUCAUGGAUGAAUACAGUAUUGCGUAUGAAGAAUACAUUUAAGGUUCGAAAAGGAUAACCAUACUAUAUCCGUUUUUUCUUAUUUAUAAAGUGUCGGUCAUGAGACCUCGGAGCGCUCGGUAGCCUCCGCCACACACCACACAUGGACGUCCUGAAUAUCUUUAAAUGUAUUAUGUAUGUCCAUAUGAAUGCGCCAGGCCUCGCGGAUCACCUGGGCGGACGGAGGGCGUGGCCUGUGGGACUCGCGUAAAUGACGUCACCGACGUCUAGCGGCCAGUCAAACAAACAUGGCGAGAGAAUGGAGAGGCCAGCAGGGUUACAUCGUCACUGUCCUCCUCUUCCUGUGCAGCGCGGACGGAGCUCGCUCGGAGGCGGCGGCCGGCGGGGGACGAGCCGGCGACGGCGGGGGAGGAGGAGGCGGCGGCGGUGGAGGUGGCGGCACGCAGGUGCUCGGGAUGCGGCUGGAGACGAGCGACAAGCCGGCCAGCACCGGUGACGACGGCGUCCUGCAGGUGACCGAGGACAGCACUGUGCAGCUCCGCUUUUACGGCCUGAGGCUGCACCCUGGCGCCUGGACGCUCAUUCGCUUCACGGAGCUUUCCGCGGGCGGGGAGGAGGAUGCAGGUGACAGCGGUAUCUGCUCAGAUUUCACGAAGGACAUCGCGGUCGGGACCUUCAUGAACGUGAGCGGCCGGGGGACGUCGGGGCUGCUGCGCGUGCACGUCAAGCCGCUGCGCAAGAGCGAGCCAAGCAGCGAAUACGCGCUGUGUACGCGCAUCGACAACCAGGAGGACGACGACGCUGGCGACCACCGCCGCGGCGGACGCUGGCAGCUGCUGGGCGACCACGACGGGCACCUGCUGGUCGUGGAGGAGAAGAAGUCGCUGCUGCCGCUGUGGCUGCAGGUGAUCCUGAUCUCGUGCCUGCUGGUGUUGUCGGGCAUGUUCAGCGGUCUCAACCUGGGCCUGAUGGCGCUGGACCCCAUGGAGUUGCGCAUCGUGCAGAGCUGCGGCACGGACAAGGAGAUGAAAUACGCGCGCAAGAUCGAGCCCAUCCGCAGCAAGGGCAACUACCUGCUGUGCUCGUUGCUGCUGGGCAACGUGCUGGUCAACACCACGCUCACCAUCCUGCUGGACGACUUAAUCGGCUCGGGACUGGGCGCCGUGGUGGCCUCCACCGUGGGCAUCGUCAUCUUCGGCGAGAUCGUGCCGCAGGCGCUGUGCUCGCGUCACGGGUUGGCGGUGGGCGCCAACACCAUCGGCGUGACAAAGUUCUUCAUGCUGCUCACCUUCCCGCUCAGCUUCCCCGUCAGCAAGCUGCUGGAUGUGCUUCUGGGUCAGGAGAUCGGCACCGUGUACAACCGCGAGAAGCUGGUGGAGAUGCUCAAGGUGACCGAGCCCUACAACGAUUUGGUCAAGGAGGAGCUCAACAUGAUCCAGGGGGCGCUGGAGCUGCGCACCAAGACGGUGGAGGAUGUCUUGACGCCGCUGGCCGACUGCUUUAUGAUCCAGGCGGACGCCGUGCUGGACUUCGACACCAUGUCCGAGAUCAUGGAGAGCGGCUACACGCGCAUCCCCGUCUACGACGACGAGCGCUGCAACAUCGUGGACAUCCUGUACGUCAAGGACCUGGCCUUCGUCGACCCGGACGACUGCACCACGCUCAAGACCGUCACCAAGUUCUACAACCAUCCCGUUCACUUCGUCUUCCACGACACCAAACUCGACACCAUGCUGGAGGAGUUCAAGAAAGGUAAAUCCCACCUGGCCAUAGUGCAGAAGGUGAACAACGAGGGCGAGGGCGACCCCUUCUACGAGGUGCUGGGAUUGGUCACCCUGGAGGACGUCAUCGAGGAAAUCAUCAAGUCGGAAAUCCUAGACGAGUCGGACCGCUACACUGACAACCGCAACAAGAAGCGAGUGGACGCCAACAAGAACAAACGAGACUUCUCGGCGUUCAAGCAUGACGCUGACGCCAAGACAAAGAUCUCGCCGCAGCUCAUGCUGGCCGCGCAUCGCUUCCUGGCCACAGAGGUGAGCCUGUUUGGUGGCUUCCAUGUCACCGAGAAGGUCCUGCUGAGGAUCUUGAGGCAUCCCGACGUCGUGCAGGAGCUGAAAUUCGACGACAAUGACAAACGCGCCCCCCAGCACUUCCUAUACCAGCGUGGCAAGCCUGUGGACUACUUUGUGCUUAUUCUACAGGGUCGAGUUGAGGUGGAGGCGGGAAACGAGAAUAUGAAGUUUGAGACGGGACCCUUCUCCUACUACGGCGUCAUGGCGCUCAGCACGCCAUCGCUGGCCGUGACCCCCCCUCUGUCCCCGUCGGUGGCGUCCCCCCCUCCGAGGCGCCUCUCUCUUAAGAGGUUUUCCGUGUUCUCUCGUUUCCCAGAGUUCCGCUCUCCGUCGCAUGGGGGCAACCUGAACCGCUCGGCGUCCAUCAGCUGUAGCGAGCGCGGCGGCGCCGCGGAGAGCGGCUCCAUUGGCGGCAGCAACAGUCAAAUCGCGGCAACUCCUUUCCAGUACGUGCCGGAUUUCUGCGUGCGAGCGCUCAGCGACCUGCAGUUUGUCAAGAUCACGCGAGCGCAGUACCAGAACGGCGUGCUGGCGUCGCGUCUGGACAGCACGCCGCAGUCCCCCGAGGGAAGUCAACAGCGUCUGGACACGGCGGUGCCUCCCGUCACGCCGUCGGGCGGGCGCCCCCUGUUGCCUCUCGCCACGCCGCCAAUCAAGCGUCUACAGUCCAACGCUCAACCCAUCCGUACCGCUCAGCCGCCACCCAGCGGCACCGCCGCCGGCGCCUUGGCGCGGCGCCCCAGCCAGUCGGCACCUCCAAGCGACCAGGUCAUCCAAGCGUCGCCGCCCGGGGACGUGGAGGGCGUCCCGGGUGAGACCGCCACGCUGCUGGGCGAGCAGCGUAACUGCGCGGACCCCCGGCGGCCCGCCCUGCCCCUCACCCACCCACACGCGCAUACCGAGAGUACCAUUUGACACGCAUCACUUCCUGUUCCCCCGUGACGCCACCCAAGAAGAGCGAAAAGGAUCUGCAUGUCGCCAUUGAUAAAUAAUGACCCGAUGACCACUUUCUCAUCUACUUUUUCCUUGGCGUUUCACCGAUGGUGCUUUUCUGUGAGAAAACCACCAACAUGGACCAGGUGUCCCGAAGUCGACCCCAUGAAUUUACCAGAGGUAACAAUCGUUGAUGAGCAAUGACCCAGUAGGCCCUUUGACACUGUCCAUCGUAUCGUUUUUUUUCCACUUCUUGCUGUCUGAGAGGCACCAAAACAGAAAGGCCAUGUCAACGUUGCCCCACAAAUUUUCUGGCUUCAGAAGUAAUAUUGGGUGUCACAAAGGGUGGGGUGGAGGGCGAGGGGUGAUAACCAUCUAGCCCCUUUCACGCUGUCCAUCUCAUGUGUCUUUUUCCUGUCGCUGUUCACUGUGAAGACAUCAACACGGUACAGUGGAUGUGAAAGUCACACUGGCUUCACAGGUGAUAUCUGACAGAGAGGAAUAAUAACACUCUAACCCCCUUUCACGCUGACACUUUCCUUGUGUUAGAUGUUCAUUGUGAAAAGCAACAACAAAGAGCUCCCCAACUUCCGGAUAACCGAGUUGAAUGAAGGCCCACUGACCCCUUUCACAUUGUCCAUGUAAGCCGGCUACUUUUUCCGGUGUCACUAGCCUGGGAGAAAGGUACUGAUGCGCUUUGCCACGAUUUUGAUUGAUUCUGAGAUUGUUACGGAGAAGAAGAGCAGGGCUGCGUUCAGGAACAUUCAGGGUUCGGGACACUUGACUUUUGGGGCAUUAUUCUGACAAAAGGUGUUUAUAUAAUAUUUAUUUAUUUAUUUAUUUAUUUAUUUAGGACUCUGGUGAUAUUUGUUUUAUAUUGGGCGUGAGGUUGAUGGCCCGGCUGCUAUGUUGUUAGCAUCGUUAGCUCCUCCAUCACUGUGAUCUGAAAAACUGAUGUCACCGUAUUUCAACAAAAGGUGGUUGUCGAUGUUGCUGAGUCACAAGCUCACUUUAAGCAUGUUUGACCACAUUUUUUUUUCCAUACAAAAGGGAUCGUGGCGAAUUAGCAUUAUGUUUCGCUCGCCUUUAAAUGUGACGCAGCAGCUAGCGCAGCGUUGCCGAGCAUCGUGGUAAUUGAAAAUGUAACGUCACAUACGCCAUUAUCGGCACACAUAUGUGUGCAGCCACUAAAAGGGAAUUUUUCUUUAAUGCUAAGGUUAGCAGGUUGGGCGGUGUACUAGUGGUUAGGACAUCCGCCUCAUUGUGCUGAGGUUUAGGGUUCCAAUCUAAGCGUGUUCUACCAGUGGGGUCUUGAAUCCCUCAUUCCAGAAACACAGUAGCUUCUUUGAAGACUUUAAAUUAUUAUAAAUUGUGAAUGUUGUUUGUCUAUAUGCUAUAUGUGCCCCGCGAUUGACUUGAGACCAGUACUAGGGUACCUCUUAGUAUCUCUGACCAAAUGUCAACUUGUUGGCGAAGUUAGCAUGCUAAGCUAAACGGCUAAUGUCAGCCAUGGCUUCAUGUUUAACUUGUGGCUGUGUCUUUUGAGACACUUUCUGUGUAUUUAUUAACUGUGGAGGUUAGGAAUUCAGCACGUUUACACACAAAGACUAAUGGACAAACGUACCAUCGCAUGCCGUAUCAACCUUUAGCCUCAAUGCUAAGCUAAACUGUCAUUAGGGUAGAUUCAUUUACAUAUACACACACACAUUCAUAGCAACACUGGAAAGAAUGCAAAUCGGCUAACAAAUGCUAACACUUCAAGCACGUAAUCUUAUUUAUGAAACUAUGAUGUAAAGGGAAAAAUAUUUAUUUAAAAUGGAAAAAAAUACAUAAGCUAGCACUUUACACUUGUGAGGCCUACGACCAGUCUUACGUUUUUUUCAACUAGAAAAUUGCCGAGUUAGUGGGAAUUAUGCGUGUCCACACUGUAAAUAAGUAACAUCUGGCGCUUAGUUUUACCCGUCGUUCAACAAAGAGAAAUAAUUGGUUCCAAAGAAAUUAUCACUUCCAACUAAUUCUAGGAAAUUGCCACAGUGGUUGGGAAGCACAAGUCUACGCUUUCCAUCCGAAGCAUGUAGGAUGUUUUGAUCCGUCAGUGGGAAUGUUGUUUUACAACGGUACUUGAACACAUCACAACACCAUGAAAGCACAAUAUUCUUGUACUGUUCGGGAAAUAAGCGUUGUCUUUGCUACUCUUGUUGGCUUUAUCGGGCGGGCCCUGGGAAGCACUCGUAGCCUUUUACCGUACGUGGCGGAAUGAAGCCGCCUGCAGGUUGACUGUGGGUACAUGUGUGUCGCUUUUGCAAAUUGGCUACUGUGAAAUGUAAAAAAACAAAAACAAAAGAAAGAUACUUUAGUGACAUUAGUGUCCUCUAUUUAUUCUUGGUUAGUUUGCACUGAAUCAAAUUAUUUUUUUGUGUAAAUAUCUGAGCAGAUGAUACUCAAAUAUAUAUAAGUAUGUAUAGAAAAGCUAUACAGUGAAGCCCCGUUUAUCGUGGGGAAGACAUACCUGGUGAAAAUCCAAAUGAAAAGCCAAGCGUGUUUGCUUUAAGCUGCUUAUUUGCCACUCCCAGUUGAAGUUACCUUUUUAUAAUUCUCACAUAACAUAACAAAAAAACAAAAACAUUGUACUGUAUAUCGAAAUACCCAAAUCUUCAAUCAAGACAUGAUUGUCUGCCAGCUUAAUGCUAACAUAUAAUAAUCACCAUGUUGAUGUUAUGCUACUUCCAAACCAUCAAACAACUGCGAGUUUAAUGCACACGGAGCAGGAGCCCAUACAAACUGAUACGGAAAAAAAAUAAUUCAAGAUUGUUUAUUGUGACACGAAAAUGUUCAACCAAACUAUUUCAUCAAAUGAAAGUUUGCUAGCUUAAUGUUAGCCAUAUGCUGAACCCCCACAUAAGGGGAAAAUGAAAUGAACAACGACAUUACGGAAUUGUAAAUCUUUGAACAACUGCUACUUCACAAACACACGGAGCAGCUACACAUACAAACAGUAAUAACUAGUAGUGAAGCUCAGGGUUAGUUUACUUCCUGUGUCUUCUUCUUCUUGUUAAUGAUGCUGGUUGUCUUCCAGUUGAGCUCAGUGCUGCCCGACAUCUUCUGGCACAAUGUGGUACUACACAAAGGUUUCAUCGCUCUUAAUUGGGACAUGCCUGUAUAUCCCCAAAAGCCAUUAAAAAAAAUACUUCAAAAAUCUGCGAUAUAGUGGGGGUUCACUGUAUAGAAUCAACCUUUAUGUCAGAUUAUUAUGGGAUGUUCUCUGAGCAAUAAAUAGCGCACAAGCUUUGACCUCAUAUUCCCCGCUCAUCCUAUGUAGCAUUUUGACAACCAAAGUUUUGAUUUCCGCCGCCGUCUUCCUCACGGUCCUUCUCCUCACAAAUAUUCAACUUCUUGCUUGAUCCUUCUUUCCUCAUGCACGUUUUGGCGGCUAUGUUGGGAGCACUCCAACCUGAAAACUCUUUGUCCUCAUUAGUAAGAAUUCAGAAUGACUGUGUCUGACUAGUAACUUUUGGUCUACUGUUAUGCAAUAUAACUACUGCUGUGCUGCAGCAGUAACACUAGUAGGCACUAGUAUCUUAUUGGAUCUAGUGCUUCACUAGUAGCACGCUGUUUUAAACUAUUGCUCAUUUUCCCCUUGCGACUAGGAUGCCAAAGUUGCUACUUGUGAGGACAAAGAGUUAACUAAUUCGUAGACGUUAAGAUGGAUAGCAAGGAUAUGGAAUAAAUGUUCCAAUGGGUUUCCAUAGACAUCACCAUCCUUCCUUGUGCAUCGCUUUCUUGUAAUAUUGACAAAUUCACAAUAAUAAGACCAAUGGAAUAUUCUGUGUUGGACAGUGCAGUUAAGUCGAGUUUUGGAUGCAAAGGUCUUUUCGAAAGACACUUAUUAACAAAUUUGACUUUGCCGGUGAAUAUUUAGCGUGUCUUAUGCAAUGUUUGAUGGCCGGGAGUGCGUGCAAUGUGUACAUAUGCUGUCCUGUUUUAUAAAAGGCAUCAGAAGAAUCUGUCACGGGUUCAUGAAUAAACAUGACUUCUAUUUCUCUACACAA